AUGGCAAAUAGAAAUUUCUUACUUUUCACAUUAAUCAUAGCCUUAGCAUCCUAUCAAUCCCAAGCUAAAUUUGAAUUGGGAUUGUGCCAAGCUGUUGAGUCUAAGAUUCCAGAUCCUAUCUUGAAUGUGACUAACCUAAUGGGGAUUUGGUUUGAAUAUCUAGUGACCCCAGAUCUUAAAGAAAAUACAACAUACAGCUGCGCCUCUUGGUUGAUGAUGCAGGAAAACAAAAAUGACUCUAGAUUUGUGACUAUUUACAAUAGAUUUGAUCCAAAUACUAACUAAUCCAGUUUGAAGACAUUUGAAAUGAACUGCGAGCCAACCUAAUAUAUCACUAAUACAGCAGUUUGCUAUUACUAAUAGGAUACUCCAAACAAUAUCUAUGAGAGCUAUACUAGUCAUAGAGCUAGAUCUUUGAGAAUCAUCUAUACCGACUACUUUAGCUAUCUAAUUGCCAGAGUAUGCCAGAGCUAUGGACUUUACCAUUAUAUUGACUACAUUGUAUUGACUAGGGAUAAGACACCAUCUAUUUAUCACAGAAAGCAGAUCAAGGAGAAGCUAACUGCUUAUGGACUUAGUGGCUAAGACUUCGACAAGGGACUGUCAAAGAAAUGCUGGGGUGAAGACUUCUGGAGUUGA